AUGGCGGCUGCGGCACCAGAUGAUGAUGAGGAUUUAAACUCCCAGAAGCUCCGCAGCAGCCCUAAACUGAUCCGCCCUGACUUUACAGAAGAAGCUCGACCCCUGAAGCGGAGCAGCAGCUACGAAUGGCUGCCGCCUCAGAUGUCUGAGCUGAGGGUUGUUCUGCUGGGGAACAGCUGGUCUGAGAGGAGUUCAGUGGGGAACUUCAUACUGGGAGAGACUGGGUUCAGCGCUGAGGUAGAACCAGACCGCUGUCAGAGAUUCAGUGGACAGCUGAAGGGGAAACACGUUGUCCUCGUCAACACCCCGGAUCUGCUUCACCCCAACAUCUCUGAACACAAACUGACAGAGCAUCUGGAUUACUGUGUGGAUCUCUCUGAUCCUGGACCUCAUGUGUUCCUGCUGGUUCUACAGCCCGAAGACUUCACUGAGGAACACGAACUGAAGCUCUGCAGAGUCCUUCAACUCCUCAGUGAUCAAUCAUUUGAUCAUUCACUGGUUCUGAUAUCAACAGCCAGAGAGGAGAGGACGGGCUUCACGGAGAGAGAUGCACCAGAUCAGCCCAUAAAAGACAUGAUCAGAAGGUGUAGAUACAGACACUUGAAGCGAGAGAGCCUCGAACAUCCAGAGCUGUUAACACGCUUGGGUCAAAUCGUAAAGGAGAACAAUGGACACCUGAGCUGUGAUGUUUUUGAGGAUGCGGCACCAGGUUUAACUUGUGAUCAGGAAAACCUGAAACAAGGGGAAGGAACUAGUUUUAAACUGGCUGCUACAAAAGCCGUUGAGUGGAAAGCUGUCAGGGAAUAUACGCUGUCCAGCCGGUGUGAAUUCAGGAUCGUGAUGGUCGGGAGAAGUGAGGUCAAAAAGAAAACGCUAUGCAACUUCAUCACUGGCAGCAAACAGUUUAGAUCUUUAACAGUCAAACCACUAAAGCAGUGUGAGGCUGCCAGUGGAGAGUGGAGAGGAAAACCAUUAACAGUGGUGAAAGCUCCAGACAUGUUCAGUCUGUCUGUGGAGACACUGAUAGAAGAGGUGAAGAAGUGUGAGACUCUUUGUUCUCCUGGACCAAAUGUUCUGCUGCUGUUAGUGAAACCUUCUGAUUUCACUGAGGAGAACAGACGAACACUGAAGUUCAUCCUGAGUCUGUUUGGUCCAGAUGCUUUUAAACACUCGAUGGUCGUCAUGACAGAGAAGAAGAGUGGAACACCAUCCACUGUCAACCAGCUGCUUCAAGACUGUGGAGGAAGACUCUACAACAUGUUUCAAGAUAAACACCAACUGUUGAUGGAGAAGAUUGAGAACAUUGUGCGUGAAAACAAAGAAACCUUCCUCACCUUCUCUGAAGAGCCUGAACACAUGAAACCAGCUUUAAACCUGGUUCUGUGUGGGAGGAGAGGAGCAGGGAAGACUUCAGCAGCCGAGGCCAUUUUAGGUCAGACAGAGCUUCAUUCAGUCUCCAGCUCAUCAGAGUGUGUUAAACAUCAGGGAGAGGUGAGAGGACGUCAGGUUUCCCUGGUGGAGCUUCCUGCCUUGUAUGGAAAACCUCAGGAGGAAGUGAUGAAGGAAUCACUCAGGUGUAUCUCCCUCUGUGAUCCUGAGGGCGUCCAUGCCUUCAUCCUGGUCCUACCUGUGGGUCCCCUCACUGAUGAAGACAAGGGAGAGUUAGAGACCAUCCAGAACUCAUUCAGCUCUCGAGUCAAUGACUUCACCAUGAUUCUGUUCAUUGUGGAGUCAGAUCCUGCAGCUCCAGCUGUUGAUGACUUUAUAAGAAAGAACAGAGACAUCCAGGAGCUGCUUCAGAGCUGUGGAGGAAGAUCUGUUGUUCUCAACAUCAAGGACAAGCAGCAGAUCUCUGAGCUGUUGGAUAGAUUGCAAAAAAUAAGACUCUAUACAGACGAAUCAUCCGGCUACACAACUGAGACAUUUGCACUUGCCCAAAUAGAGAAGAUCAUACAACAAGAGACACACAUCACUGAACUCGAGGCCCGGGACACAAAAGAAACAGUCACUUGUGUAGAUGAGACUCAGAGCCCAGAGCGUCUCAGGAUUGUGCUGAUAGGGAAGACUGGAAGUGGAAAGAGCUCUUCAGGAAACACCAUUCUGGGAAGAGAGGAGUUCAAAUCUGCACUGAGUCAAACAUCAGUCACCAAAUGGUGUCAGAAAGAACAGGGUGAAGUGGACGGUCGUCCUGUUGUUGUGGUCGACACUCCCGGUCUGUUUGAUACGACCUUGUCUCAUGAACAGGUUAAUGAGGAGAUGGUGAAGUGCAUCAGUCUUCUGGCUCCGGGACCACAUGUCUUCCUGUUGGUGUUACAGAUCGGCAGAUUCACACCAGAGGAGAAGGAGACGCUGAAACUCAUCAAGGAAGUCUUUGGGAAGAAUUCAGAGUCGUUCACCAUCAUUCUUUUCACAAGAGGAGAUUCACUGGAACGUGAGAAUCUGAAGAUUGAAGAAUACAUCAACAACUGCGAUGAUUCCUUUAAGAAGCUGAUCUCUGACUGUGGAGGAAGAUACCAUGUGUUUAACAACUAUGAAAAACACAAUCGUACACAAGUCAGUCAGCUGAUAAACAGGAUCGACACCAUGCUGAAGAGAAAUGGAGGCAGCUGCUACACUAAUGAGAUGCUGCAAGAGGCCGAAGCAGCGAUACAGAAGGAAAUGAAGAGGAUCCUGAAGGAGAAGGAGGAGAUGAAGAGAGAGAGGGAGGAACUAGAAAGAAAACAUGAGGAAGAAAAGGAAGACAUGAAAAGAAGAUGGAAGAAGAGAGAGCAAAAACUGGAACAAAGACUUAGAAAGCUCCAAGAAGAAUAUGAGCGAGAGAGACAUCAAAAGCAGAAGGAAGAAGUGGACGAACUACAGAAAGAACAUGAGCAGAAACUGAAUAAAUUCAAACAGAAACUUGUGGAAGAAAAUAAAAGAAACGAGAAAGAAAAAAUGGACGAGCUGCAGAAGAAACACGAGGCAGAGAUAAAAGAGUUGAAACAGCAAAUCACGACCGCAGAUGAAGACGGUGACGGUGAAGAACUGGAGGACCUGCAGAAGAAACAUGAAAGAGAAAUGAAUGAACUGAAAGAGAAACUUCUGGCCCCAGAGAAGCAGGGACCCUGUCACAUCUCAUGAGCAAAACCACCGAGGGUCCGAGCUGCUGCGUCCAGAUCCAGGGGAGAAAACAGGCCCCCUGUUUUUACUUCAUUGCAUUUAUCAGAGAACUGUAAUUAUACUGAGGUUAAAGAGCACAGGAGUUCAUAUACAUAUAUAUCCUUUGAGUUAUGUCUUCAUAUACUGACCUAUGAGAUAAAACCCUGAAACCCUGAAAGCCGUACGUCAGGCAAAGUCCUGUAUAUACGUUAACCAGUAUUUUUCUUCAAAUAGGAUUCUGAUGAAGGCUGAUGAAAGAAUCCGUUUUGAUUGUUUAUUUAAACGGCCUCAUUGAGCUUGAGAAUAUAAGGGGAAUAAUCAAAUAAACUAAAAAUGUAAAGAAUUAAAACAGGAAGUCUGUCACAGCCUGAAUCUGGUACAGGAAGUGGAGGGUGGAAC